AUGCUAACCCCCUGGCUCGAGGCCUUCCCGUCGACGGCGCGCAAACUCAUCCAGGAAGUCGACCACUUCGCCGGCUUCAAGCUCUCCGACGUGAUCCAAAAGGGGCCGUCCAAGGUCCUCACGCAGACCACCAACGCGCAGCCCGCCAUCAUGGCCACGUCCAUUGUCAUCCUCAAGAUCCUCGAGCGCGAGUUCGACUUCAGGGCCGCCGACAACUUCGACAUGACGCUCGGCCACUCGCUGGGCGAGUUCGCCGCCCUCGUCGCCGGCGGCUACAUGACCUUCCAGGACAGCCUGUACCUCGUCGGGCGGCGCGCGGCGGCCAUGUCCGAGGCCACGAGGAAGGCGGUGCAGGAGUACGGCGGGGAGUACGGCAUGGUGGCCAUCGUCACGGAGCCCGAGUACCUGCGGGGCCUGAUUGCCGCCAUCCACGACUUCGUCGGGCACUCGAGCGCCGGGAGCAAGGGCGAGAGCAGCGAGCACGUGCCGCCCAUUGAGCAGGUGCUCAUCGCCAACAUCAACAGCCGGAACCAGAUCGUGCUGAGCGGCAACAUUGAGCGCAUCACGACGCUCAUGGCGCACGUGAGGCAGUUUCUGGGCCACGACCCGCGCGCCGUGCGCCUGCACAGCGACAGCCCGUUCCACAGCCCCAUUAUGAAGCCGGCCGUUGCGGUGAUGCGGUCGCUGCUGGCGGACACGAGCCGCGUUCCUGGGCGGGAGGGCGAGGACAUCAUCACGUUUCCCGGCGACAUGCCGUGCGUGAGCAACGUCACGGCGAGGCCGUUUCGGAGCAAGGAGCAGCUGAGGGAGCUGCUGGCGAGGGGGUGCCUGGAGACGGUGCGCUGGUGGGACAGCAUCCGGUACCUGGACCAGCAGGAGAAGGUUCGCAGGUGGGUUGGCAUAGGGCCCGGCAAGGUUGGCCGGAACCUGGUGGGCAAGGAGGUCGGCAUGAGGGGCAAGGACUCGGUCAAGGGGGGAGGGGUUUGGGCCAUUACGGACCCGAGUGAGAUUGAGGAGGACAACCCGCUGCACGUGUCCGUCUUCCCCUCGCACGACGCCGCAACCAACACGUUCACGCCGAUCCGCAGCCCGCUCCAGUUCUCGCUCCUGCUGUCCUCGACAAUCGACGUCUUCCGGCUGCGCGCCAAGGCAAACGCCGCAUCUGGCGUCGGCCUCUCCGGCGACGUGGGCCUGCUCCACGCCGUCGACGACCGGCUCGCCGCGUACGGGUACGAGACAAACACGGGCGUGCGCAUGGUGUGCGUCGUGGACAUGCGCGGCAGGAGGGUCGACGCCUCGGGCGGGAGGCAGGCCGCCGCCGGGCUGCGCGAGACGGACCUGAAGCCCGUCUUUCGCGCCAUGCAAACCGCCUACGUGCGGCUGCUGCAGAACCCCUUCUACGAGCCGGACGAGCAUGCGCCUCUGGGGGGCGCGCCCGGCAAGAGCAUCGUGAGCACGAGGUUCGAGGGCGACAUGAGGAGGAUCGGGGAGGCCUGGACGCCCGGCGUGACGAGUUUGUAA